UGCUUGGUACAUAGCAUUGCAAAAUGUCUAGUUACAUGAGCUGUAUUAGUUACAUGAGAUAGCUCUAUUUGAAUCAUGUUAUACUCCAGUACUUCAAUAGAAUUUCUCUGCAGGUGGUGUAAGCUCUAGGAUUUGGCUUCAGAGGUAGGUUUCUAAAUCAGGUAACCAUUUAAAUUUUGAGAUAGUUCAUUACAUUAAGUGUUUGGAAACUUUGUAACUUGCUUACAUAGUAAAAUUUUUUUCUUUUGAAUAUGUGUGUGGUGUAAUGUGUGAGCACUAUAAAAAUACCUCAACAUGCUUAAACCAAUAAGAUCUCAGAUUAAUGAAGGGUUCUUAUUGUGGAAAUGUUUUUGAAUGCUUUUGAAAAAAUUUACUAGGCUCCAUGUCUCAGUAUUUUUUCCAGUGGACUUGGUUUUCAAGCUAUUUUAGCUAGAGCUCUGAUUAUAAUUAAUAGAUCAGCCUAAUGAAAAAUUUAAAUACUGUUUCAGAAUAAAUUCUCUUCUAACCAACUACUUCUGUUAGCAGAUCUGCUUUGAUGAAGUCAGAUUGAGUUGAUUAGCACAUCCCUUUUAACGUUUUGUAUCUAAGAAUGCAAAAGGCAAUUAAUGAUUUUUUAAAAUGGACUCUUAAAUUUUUAAAUAUUCAGAUUCUCUCUCUUGAUUGUUAAUAUUUACGUAUCCAUUAAUAGGGCCUGCCUUACCUAGAUUGGGAUUAUUUUAGCUAGGGAAAUAGAGUAUCUUGUAUGAAUUUACUACAUAGUGCUAUUUCUUUCAUGUUUCACAGUUAAUUGUAGAAAAGGCAGGUUUUGGGCUCAUUAUGGAGACAAGUUUGGUAACUUAGAUUCUGGGAUGCAAGCAGAUUCAACAGAACCUUUAUUAAUGGUGGUAUUCUUUGACCACAAAGAUGACAAAGAUGAAUAAAACUAUCAUUGAAAUACACAGAUUUAGGGACCAGUUGUUAAGGUAUGUGUAUCCCCUUGGCAUGCAUAGAGUUGCUUGUGUAAAAUUGCAAAACAGCUUUCUAUAUAAGCCCAAUGAGAAUAAUAGCAUGUUAAUGUAUAAAACAGGGUUUAGGGGACCUGGUAUUCUUUCUUUAGGCAAAUUUAGAUUCUUUUCUGGGAGGGCCAAAUAGAAUGGAUAGCAGUGUAGAUCAUUUUUUAAAGGGGAUAAAAUGGUUUUUGCAUUUAUUAUGGAAGAUGGUCGAGCUGGAAUACACAGAAGUCCCUACCAAUCUGUGUAUUCCAUUAUACUUCCUUUGCCAGAGUUGAGUUUGGGGUUCUUCCUCUCUGCCCUCAAAAAAAGCAUUUUGAGACACUUAAUUCUGAUUAGGAGUAAAUAAAAGUAUUUUGUAAACUAUAUCUUAUAAACUAUAAAAUCUAGGAAAAUGGUAGGCUGCUGUUUUAGGCUGUCCAUUGUGCAGACAAGCUUAGGAGGCCGUUGGAAGUGAAAUGCUCUCACAUUAUGGUAAGGCCUAGAAAACGCUAAUACUUUUGUCCUUCACCUCCAUUCCAGGGACAUCCAUGCACACUUAAUUAAGCAAUUUGUCCCAAGCUAACUGAAACAGAUUUGCCCAUCCUUUUUUCUAAUCCAAUGAAUAAUGUGUAGAACAUUAUAACUUGAAUAGGAAAUAUUGGUACAGCAUACUGAGUUGCAAGGAUUAGUCUGGUCAAACCCUAUCUAGCCACCAUGCAGUCUUAAAUGCCUGUAACUGAGUGACUUGCAGCAGGAGCCAAGAUGAUAAACUGUUGGAAUGCUCUACUCUAAUUGCCUUUCCUUCAUUAUCUUAGGUAAGCACACAUUUUAUCUCUAGGAUUUACUUGGUGUGGAGUUUUGUUAUCUUUUGUUCCUUUACUUUCUAGUUUUAUAACCUUGUGAAUUGAUCUUUGUUACCUUGAGCAAAGUUAUUUGGAGGUAGUGGGGAGCACAAUGUUUUUUGGUUUUUGAAAUCUGUAAUGUGUGGGGACGUGAUCCUUAGACAUUCAGUUGCUUGAGACAUUUUGAGUGCUUGGGAACUAUGUGUGGCUAAUGGCUAUUGUUUUGGACAAUGACAAAGAACAUUUCAAUCAUCAUGGAAAAUUCUGUUGGACAGCAUCACCCUAUGGUAAUUGUCAUCACCCUAGGAUAAUUAUUAUUGUGAAUGUGAUUAGUAUUAGCCAUAUCGAUCUUUUUUUUACUGCAAAGAUUUUCUGAUGCCCAGUUUAUAAAGAGCUUCUAAAUAGUAUCUUUUUAGCUCAUCAACUAGGUUCAGCAUGAUUAGCAUGUUAUUAUUUGUCAUGACCAAAAGUAGGGUGGGCUGUCCUAAUUGUUCAACAUAGGCACUAUAAAUAACAAGAUAAAUAAUACUCAGUUGAGAGAGAUUUGCUAUCCUAAAUUCAUGAAGAGCACCUACGGGUCAAUAAGAAAAAGCAAAAAACAUGAUAGGAAAAUGAACAAAAAGCUUGAAAACCAUUUUUCACUAACAGUGUAGCAGUUUCACUCCCAGGUAUGUGGCCCUAGACUCCAGCACUUAGACUAGUGCUACCUAAACUGCUAGUCAGCAAGAUAGACUCUUGUGCCUGAAUGUCAGGUAACACGCUGCUUGAUUUUAACUUGUGGAUCAGCUAGUUUGCAGAUGACAAUGUGAGUAGUGCUGCCUUUUGGUACAUAAAUAAUAAUAAGAAAUGACAGUGUUUUGUAAAAUGGCAAAAAAAAAAAAAAAAAAAGAACCCAUAGGUCCUAUUUGGGCAAAUAAACGUGGUACAUCUACAAAGAAUACCACGCAGCAAUGUAAAAUAAAUGGACUUCAGUCUUAUCUAUCUGCAUGAAGGAAUUGAAACUGUAAGGCUGAGCAAAAGAAGUCAUGGUAAGAAAACAAUGAUUCCAGUCAUAGAUCAAAACCAGUAAAGCCAAUAUUUUAGGGGCACAUAGAGGAAUAAAAAGAUUAAAUAACAAGAGAAUGAUGAUUAGAAAAGUCUGAACAUGCUUCUUCUAGGUACCACUGCUACCUGGUGAAGAUGGUUAGAGGCUUCUAAGGUUUCAGCCUUCCUUAACCUGGUGUUUUAUUGCAGUAAUUGUAAUACACACAUGCUUUAUAUAAUAGAAAUAAGUUUUCUUCUUGGGGAGGUGGCAAUGAGAUUUGCCUGAAGGUAAUCAAAAUAGUAGCUAAAUGCAUUUGUUUUAAGGGUUAUUUCUUGUGCUGCACUGGGAAAAGUAAAAAGCUUGUAAGGUUACUACUUUCUAAUUAUCAAAGAGAUUUAUUUAUUUACUUCUGAACAGGUACAUACUUCCUCGAGAAAAAAAAUUAUUUAGUCUUCACUUCAAAUAGUCAAGACACUUUUUUUUUAAGGGAGCCUGAUCUUGUCCCUUUCACUCACAAACAUAUUGCUAUGAAAAUUCUGUAUUUCCAUUUUCUCAUUAAAAUGUAUUUUAGAAUUGUGAAUUAUUUCAUUGGGCAGCCUUUUACAUGGGUAUUUCAAACUUAGCCAUGUUGGGCUUGUUUCCUUUGGGAUUUCACUGCCCUGUUACAUUCCCUAUUCAUUCUUGUCUAUUUUUUUUUUAAUUUUUUAUUUUUCACCUUUAAUAUUAUUCCUUUAGAGUUAGUUUUUUUUUUCAACUUUGUCACCUAAAAAAAUAAAACUUAAGGGUGUCUAUUGCCAUUAUUGGCUUACCUCUUAAUUGUCAAUUGACGUAACCCCUGUUCUGAUUAUCCUAAGUUCUCAAUGUAGGUUAUUAUUAUCCAUCACUUAUUUUUGAUCCAGUAUGGCAAGAGUUUAUAUGGUCUUAUGAUCAUCACACAAUUUCUACCUACCAGUUCUGGUGUGUACCUUCCUGAAACUACUUUCCUGGAGGCCUGCUCCAGAUCUCAUGUUUGCAGUACCAAAGUCAUCCUUCUGUUCUUCUGGCCAAUUAUUUCUAAAAUAUUCUGUGUGGGAGGUCUUCACUUCAGAAAUCCAAGACUCAUAUUCAUCCAGCUUGGUGUCAAGUGGGCUGUUGCUGCCAGAAUUAUCUUGUGAUUAUUUGAGAGAUGUAUCAGUUUCUUCUGAAGUACAAUCAACUGUAGAAGCCUUUGUAGCAGUUUGUUGCAUAUUCUAAGGACCCAGACAUAAGGCUUGGUGGCCCGUCUCUUGUUUUUCCUGGUUUAUGACUUUCGGCUUUGUGGAAUACGGCUGAGAUGAAAGGAUUUAUUGACGAUGCAAACUACUCCGUUGGCCUCUUGGAUGAAGGAACAAACCUUGGAAAUGUUAUUGAUAACUAUGUUUAUGAACAUACCCUGACAGGGAAAAAUGCAUUUUUUGUGGGAGAUCUUGGAAAGAUUGUGAAGAAACACAGUCAGUGGCAGAACAUAGUGGCUCAGAUAAAGCCAUUCUACACAGUAAAGUGCAACUCCACUCCAGCUGUACUUGAGAUUUUGGCCGCUCUCGGAACUGGAUUUGCAUGUUCCAGUAAAACGGAAAUGGCUUUAGUGCAAGAAUUGGGUGUGUCUCCAGAAAACAUCAUUUACAUAAGUCCUUGCAAGCAAGUAUCUCAGAUAAAGUAUGCAGCAAAAGUUGGAGUGAAUAUCAUGACAUGUGACAAUGAAGUUGAAUUGAAGAAAAUCGCACGUAAUCACCCAAAUGCCAAGGUCUUACUACAUAUUGCAACAGAAGAUAAUAUUGGAGGUGAAGAGGGUAACAUGAAGUUUGGCACUACUCUGAAGAACUGUAGGCAUCUUUUGGAAUGUGCUAAGGAACUUGAUGUCCAAAUUAUUGGGGUUAAAUUUCAUGUUUCAAGUGCUUGCAAAGAAUCUCAAGUAUAUGUACAUGCUCUAUCUGAUGCUCGGUGUGUGUUUGACAUGGCUGGAGAAUUUGGCUUCACAAUGAACAUGUUAGACAUUGGUGGAGGCUUCACAGGAACUGAAUUUCAGUUGGAAGAGGUUAAUCAUGUUAUCAGCCCUUUGUUGGAUGUCUACUUUCCUGAAGGAUCUGGCAUUAAGAUAAUUUCUGAACCUGGAAGCUACUAUGUGUCUUCUGCAUUUACACUUGCAGUUAAUAUCAUUGCAAAGAAAGUUGUUGAAAACGAUAAGUUUUCCUCUGGAGUAGGAAAAACCGGAAGUGAUGAACCAGCCUUCAUGUAUUAUAUGAAUGAUGGUGUUUAUGGUUCUUUUGCAAGUAAACUAUCUGAGGACUUAAAUACCAUUCCAGAGGUUCACAAGAAAUACAAGGAAGAUGAGCCUCUGUUUACAAGCAGCCUUUGGGGUCCAUCCUGUGAUGAGCUUGAUCAAAUUGUGGAAAGCUGUCUUCUUCCUGAGCUGAAUGUGGGAGAUUGGCUAAUCUUUGAUAACAUGGGAGCAGAUUCUUUCCAUGAACCAUCUGCUUUUAAUGAUUUUCAGAGGCCAGCUAUUUAUUACAUGAUGUCAUACAAUGAUUGGUAUGAGAUGCAAGAUUCUGGAAUUACAUCAGACACAAUGAUGAAGAACUUCUUCUUUGUGCCUUCUUGCAUCCAGCUGAGCCAAGAAGAUAGCUUUUCCACUGAAGCUUAAGCAGGCAUUAAUGCUUCUUUAGAUCUGAAGUUGCAGGUUAAGCUUGUCUGGUCUACAUUCCAGUGUGGAAAAAAUUUGAACAAUCUUAUUCUGUUAAUUCUCUUGGAAACAAAAACUAUUAGUAAUAGCUAUUUGGGACCAGACGAAAUCAGCUCUCAUCUAUAAUUCAUUGGGCAUAAUUGGGAGAUUUAGAUAAUGUAUCCAGAUUUAAACUUACCAGUUUGCCCUACCCCCUUAAGCAUUUAAAAUAAAAUAUGCAACAAAAUGGAUGACUUAGUGGAGAUGGAAGCCCAUGAAUUGGGUUCCCCAUUAAACCGUUUACAUACAAGUACACAGUUUUUAUACUAAGGAUUCGUGUUAAAAAGUCUUGUAAAGUUAACGUCUUUCACCCAGAUAUAUCAAAUGUCAGUGGAAGACCAGUGUGACUUCAUUAGAUACGUUUAGUGUAUUUAGAAUGUGUAAAUUUGUGCUUUGAACUGUAGUUUAAUAAAUGUAAAAUUGCAUCAUAGUAUUUGUUGUAUUUGACCUAAUGUAACCCUUGUAUGAUUGCAAUAAAAUUUUGUGUAGAUUUUACUGUUUUUUCAGGCUAAAACUUUGGGAAGGGGGCUAGCUAGCAAAGGUAGUUUUGAAAUAGAUGUGUAUAUGGACUGUUUUGAAGGUUAUUUUCCUUUAUAGCCAUUUGAGUUUAGUUUGGCUUAGUACUAUUUUUCAGUUAUUUAAUUAGUAAUUUAAGUAAAUUGUUUGGUAAAUCAUUGUGAAGUUCAGAUUCAUUAUGGAGAGUUGAUGUUCAGUAAGCAUGAUGUUUAACAAUUUUAACACCAAAAAAUGUUAAUUCUGCAUAAACCAAUUGUAAUAAUUAAUAGGUGUUUCUGUAUAGAUAGAAUGCAUAGAGUACCUUAGUAAAUCUCUGAAUCAAAUCUUUUGGCUGAAAUGGAAGAUUCUAUUAAAUACUUUGAAUAAACUUUGGGGGAGGGAAAUAAAAUUGCAGAAAACUGCAGCGCACUAAAUCUUAAAGAAGGGCUACAUCUAUAUUCAGAAACUGAUGCUCUUUUGCACGGAAUAUUAUUUAAAUUCAGAGUUGUGAGGGGAUUGGGGUGAAGCACACCUAUUUUCAAUUUCUCAGUUGCAAUGAUUUCAAACUUAGGGUUUGUUGUUUUAGCUAUUCAUUUAGUUUCUUACUUCCCAUUUUUUCAGCUUAGUGUAAUUAGUUUUAAUUCUUUUUCAUACUAAAAUUUUAUGGUGAUUGGGGGAAGGGAGUUAGUCACUAACCUGACAGUUGUUGCCAGGAAUUCACAUUGUUCACUGCUAGUAUAUUAGUAAUCCUAGAUCUCAGAAUCACAAUAGUAAUAAAAUAAACAACAGGGGUCAUUUUUCCUAACUUACUCUAUGUUCAGAUGUGGAAUUUCUGUCUCCCAAGAGGAAAUGUGACUUCACUUUGGUGCCAAUGGACAGAAAAUUCUACAUGUGCUACAUAGGAGAAGUUUGGAAUGCACUUAAUAGCUGGUUUUUGCACCUUGAUUUCAAGGUGGAAAGAAAUUGAUCAUGAAUCUCUAAUAAAUUUCAAUCUCUUAAACCAGUAGGUGCUUAAUAUUUUUGAUUUGAUUAAUUCCCACUUGAAUUUUAUGGGUUCUAUUAAUAAAAAAAAAAUUAGGACCCCAAUCUGUUGUCAUCUAAUUACCCUUGGACUUUCCAAGGUAUAAUGUGGAGUUUUAUGCAAAAUUCCAAGCUACCAUGCAACUUUUUUUAUCCGUAACCAAGGAGGAGGAAUUGUUCCCAACCUUCUUUACAUGUUGUGCUUUUUGGUCCAGAAACGCCAAAUCUUUUAAAAGAUGGUACAACUUUGAGUUCUUGGCUUGACUGUACAACUUUGAGCUUCAUGGCAUGUCAAUUUUGCCGUAUUUUAUAGGAGAGCUAUUCUGUGCAUAACAGCUCAGAGUUGCAAGUACGACAUGUGAAUGAUAGGGUAACUUUAAAACUGUCUGUAUUGUAUUUGAAGACUGUUUGCCAUAAAUUUGAAGUUUGAACUUAUGUAUUUCAAUUUGGUAUGCUAAAAAAGUACUGAAUUACUGUAACAAUCUUUUUUUAAAACAACGUUGUAAUCUCAGUUCAGAAUUUAACUGAAAAUAUAAAACCCAAAUGAUUUCUAUAUAGUAAAUUGAACUGUAAAGGUAACUUGUGUGUGAUUCUGAAUACACAGAUAAAAUGUUUUUAUUCCUCCUUA